AUGCAUUCAAACUACAAUAAUGAUUUGCAUGAAUGUGACGACCCGCAAGUGUGUAUUUCAAAUGGGUGUAUCAGAGGUUCGAUCAUAGAAACGAAUUUUGAUAACCGAAAGGUUUGCUCUUUCCGCGGCAUAUUCUACGCUGAGCCGCCGGAAAGAUUUCAGGACUCGGUGCCAAAACAGUCGUUUGAUGGUGUUUUUGACGCUACGCAAGAUAGUCCUGUUUGCGUUCAGAGAGAAAGUUUAAAAUUCGGCGAUGAAGUGAGAGUGGUUGGUCAGGAGGACUGUCUCUCAAUCAGCGUUUACACACCCGCUUGUCCUCAGGCUACGAAUCCACCAUCGAAUAAUUCGUUGCCAGUAUUUGUUCUCUUCCAUUUCGGCGGCUGGUCUCAAGGAUCCAAUCUCGAAGCUAUCUACGGCCCCGAAUUUUUGUUGAAUCAAGACGUUGUUUUGGCAGUGCCCAACAGUCGCCUGGAUGUUUUCGGAUACCAUAACACUGGCAACAAUGUCUCUGCCGGAAACUAUGGGUUCAGGGACCAGGUCCUUGCUUUACAGUGGGUGCAGGAUAACAUCGCAGCCUUCGGUGGAGACCCUGAUCAAGUCACUCUUAUCGGUGAGGCCUCCGGGGGUGCAGCUUGUACGCUGCACUUACAGUCUCCACUCAGUAGAGGAAAAUUCAAACAAGUCCUCCCAAUGUCGGGUACCUCGUUGUACCCUUUGGCUUUGGUGACAGUGGAUGUUGUUGCAAACGCGACGCAACGACUCGCUGAGUUGGUCGGAUGUCCAUCUUGCCCACCCGAAGCUCUUACUGACUGCAUGCGGAAUGUGCCCGCUGAAACGCUUAUUCUGGCGCAAGUUAAUUUGACUUCGGACAGAUUCCCACCAUUCGUCCGAACAUAUUGGGCUCCAACAUUGGAUUACGUUUACUUGUCGAAUGCCACAUUCCCGAACGAUCCAAGGGUGGCUGAUCUCUCAGAUCCUCUGUCCCUGCUCACAGGGAGUAUUCCAUACGAUGGCCUUUCAUUUGUAGCGCCUAUCUAUCAAAACCGGGAGUUCGAGAAGCUCGUUGAUGAGCAUCCAAAGUACUAUUUGCCGGAAAUUAUGAACCUUGAGUAUUUCUUCGAGACUUACACUAUUCCAUCCGUCAUAGACCGUGUUUACAGUCGCUACUUUCAAGAUCAAGCACUCUCCAGGAACUUGCAACCGAGCCUCAUUCAAAUGCUCACGGACUACGAUUUCUUCAUAACGACUGCGCUUUCAGCCCUGAGGCAUGCAAAAACUGGAGCUGAUGUUUGGUAUUACAUCUACAACUACAAAACGGAUGUAACUUUCAACGACAUCUUAUUCGAUCCUGGCACCAUUACAGGAGGCUGGAUCGCUGGAACUGGUGACUUUUCAAAUUUCGAAUAUAGCUCCUUGUUCAUUCUUCUUCUCCCCCUCUUGUCCCUUUAA